GUGUCCGCGUAUGUUACGUGUAACAUUCCCCACAAAAUUCAGCUAUAGCCUAUAAACAACAUAAUAACAUUAAUUAUAAUCUGAAUCACUGCCCCUUGAACCGUUUCUUAUAUUUAUAUCCACCUGUCUACUGUUUUCUCCAACGGUAACCUUUCUCCACACCACUCUAUAUAUACCUGCUUCCAUCUCUUGCCAUUUUCUACUGAUCGCUCUACACCUUCUUCUUAUUCACAUUCAUUAAUCCACUCCCACGUACAUAACAUUCAUAUAGUUUUAAAUUCUCCAAAUAUAUAUUACUAUGGCCUUUCUAUCUCUACUUAUACUAUCUCUAUUCUUGGCCUCUUCUUCAACAGAGGCCUACAAUUUUCUAGUUGGUGGUAAAAACGGCUGGAGCACCAACCCUUCUGAGGAUUACAAUCAAUGGUCCGGAAGAAUGAGAUUUCUUAUCAACGACACUCUCUCGUUCAAGUAUCCGAAAGAAACGGACUCGGUUGUGGUGGUGAGCAAAGACGAUUAUGACAAAUGUAACGCAGCGAAACCUAUCGUAAAAUUGGACGGCGGAGAUUCGAGUUUCAAGUUUGAUCGUUCCGGCCCAUUUUAUUUUAUUACAUCCAACAAAACAAACUGCGACAAAGGUCAAAAGCUGGUCAUUGUUGUCUUGGCUCUCCGCGUCAAGUCUCCCCCAGCUUCCGCCCCGGCGCCGUCAGCCCAGGCUCCGGUCCCCUCGCCGGAAUCUCAAGCUCCUGCUCCGUCACCAUCGUCGGAGUCUCCGUCACCGGCGACGAGUGGGCCGGCGGUUUCGCCUGCACCGGGGACAUCGGGUCCUGCUGCGAGUGCACCGGGAGCAGAUGCGACGCCGUCUCCUUUGAGUCCUGGGAAUACUCCGGCGGAUAUUAGUUCGCCGCCGGGACCGUCGAAUUCAUUUGCUGCGGCGGUUUCUCCGGCGGCGGUGGUGUCAGUUUUGCUGAGUGUAACUGUAGCUGCUUUCAUCACAAUUACCUAGGACCUGGGAGAAUUAAAUAAGCUGGGGUGGUUUUUUUUUGUUUUUUGUUGUCAGUAAUUUACAUUUAUUGUUUGGAUUUAGAUUAUUGGGUGUUUCGUUUGGAUUUAUUUGCAUGUUCGAAUGUUGAUAAGAUAAAUAAUUGACUUGCAGUAUUACAGAUUUACAGUCAA